AUGGCCCAGACUCACACCCUCCCUCCGCUUCCUUAUGGCUAUGAUGCUCUUGAGCCCAUCAUCUCGAAGCAGAUCAUGGAGCUUCACCACCAGAAGCACCACCAAACAUACAUCAACAACCUGAACGCCGCCCUCUCUGCCCAGGCCUCAGCAACUCAGACCAACGAUGUCCCCACUCUGAUUAGUCUGCAACAGAAGAUCAAGUUUAAUGGCGGUGGUCACAUCAAUCAUUCCCUCUUCUGGAAGAACCUGACCCCUCCCGGUACUCCCGGCAAUGAAUUGGGCGGUGCUGCACCUGCACUUCGCGAGGCCAUUAACUCUCGCUGGGGCUCCCAGGAUGCGUUUACUAAGGCAUUCAAUACCGAGCUCCUCGGCAUUCAGGGAAGCGGUUGGGGAUGGCUGAUUAGCAAGGGCGGUCCCAAGGGACGUCUGGAGAUCACUACCACCAAGGACCAGGACCCCGUUGCCAGUGGUGAUGUUCCUAUCUUCGGCGUUGAUAUGUGGGAGCAUGCCUACUACCUCCAGUAUCUCAACAAUAAGGCAGGCUACAUCGAAGGCAUUUGGAAAAUCAUCAACUGGGCCGAGGCCGAGAAGCGCUAUACAGCUGGCGUGGAGAACCUAUUGAAGCUGUGA